UCUUUCUUCACUUCGACUCCGCUCUUCAAAAAGUCCACCGCCGGCGGGGCUUUCUGCGAAGCGCGAGCAGAGGUAGAAAGGAGUAAAAAUGGCGACUUUCGUCGGUUCGCCUUGCUGGGCCAGGCUCAGGUCGAUCGGCGAGAUCACCCUCGCCCAUCCUCCGAUGCUGCGCCACUCCUCGCCUCUCCGCCUGAGGUCAAUCGCCGCCCCUCUCCCCCGGAGAUGCUUCGCCGUCGCCGCCUCCGCGGCCUCCGACGGCCAGGUCCGCGUCCGGUUCGCCCCUUCCCCGACCGGCAACCUCCACGUCGGCGGCGCCAGGACCGCGCUUUUCAAUUACCUGUUCGCUAGGUCGAAAGGCGGGAAAUUUGUGCUUAGAAUCGAGGAUACUGACUUGGAGAGGUCAACCAAGGAGUCCGAGGAGGCAGUGUUGCAGGAUCUGUCAUGGCUUGGGCUUGAUUGGGAUGAAGGCCCUGGCAUUGGUGGAGAUUAUGGACCGUACCGGCAAUCUGAGAGGAACUCCCUUUACAAGGAGCACGCUCAGAAGCUUUUAGAAUCUGGUCAUGUCUACCGCUGCUUUUGUUCGAAUGAGGAGCUUGAGAAAAUGAAGGAGAUUGCGAAACUAAAGCAACUGCCUCCAGUUUAUACUGGACGAUGGGCUACUGCAACUGAAGAAGAAGUGCAAGAAGAGUUGGCAAAGGGAACCCCUUUCACAUAUCGAUUUCGUGUGCCAAAGGAGGGAAGUCUGAAAAUAAGUGAUCUUAUUCGAGGAGAAGUUAGUUGGAACUUGGACACACUUGGAGAUUUUGUAAUUAUGCGGAGCAAUGGGCAGCCAGUUUACAAUUUCUGUGUCACUGUCGAUGAUGCAACUAUGGCUAUUUCACAUGUUAUAAGAGCGGAAGAGCAUCUGCCGAAUACUCUGAGGCAAGCGCUUAUAUAUAAGGCUCUAGGCUUCCCUAUGCCUUACUUCGCACAUGUUUCCUUGAUCCUUGCACCUGAUAGAAGUAAACUGUCAAAAAGGCAUGGUGCAACUUCCGUGGGCCAGUUUAAGGAGAUGGGAUAUCUCCCUCAGGCAAUGGUGAACUAUCUGGCUCUGUUAGGAUGGGGAGAUGGAACUGAAAACGAGUUUUUUACCCUUGAGCAACUUGUUGAAAAGUUCACAAUUGAGCGAGUCAACAAAAGUGGUGCAAUCUUUGAUUCUACUAAGCUAAGGUGGAUGAAUGGUCAGCAUUUAAGAGCGAUUCCAUCAGAGGCAUUGACUGGGCUUAUUGGUCAGCACUGGAAGAGCACUUGCACUUUGAAAGAAUCAGACGGCCCAUUUGUUGAGGAGGCAGUUCAACUUCUCAAAGAUGGGAUUGACCUGAUACCAGACUCAGAUAAGGCGUUAACUAACUUGUUGGCAUAUCCCUUACAUGCUACAUUGACGAGCUCUGAAGGUAAAGUGGUUGUAGAAGAUAAGCUUCCUGAAGUCUCAGCGAGCCUCAUAGCUGCCUAUGACAGUGGUGAGCUCAUAGGUGCACUUGAAGAAGGCCAUGCAGGGUGGCAGAAGUGGGUGAAGGGCUUCGGCAAAUCACUAAAGCGCAAGGGGAAAACACUUUUCAUGCCUCUGAGAGUAUUGUUAACUGGAAAGCUCCAUGGUCCUGAUAUGGGGGCCAGUGUUCUUUUGCUUUACAAGGCUGGGAAAUAUGAUGUAGUUGCUCCUGAAGCUGGGUUUGUAACAUUGGAUGAGCGGUUUAACAUGCUCAAGCAAAUCAACUGGGAAUCUGUUAACCAGGAUCAGACUCUGUUAGAGCCCACUGCCACCCUAUCGAAUUGAGACCCGCCAGUUUUGACCAGAGGGUGAGUUAUGUUUGAAACUUUGUAAUUUGUUUCUUCUGUGUCGUCUACUCGAUAAGAUGAGAAAUGAAGGAUCUUAUAUUAGCGGCUUAGCACGAAGCAUGACUCACGUGGAAUGUAUCUUUUGGUGGUUUAACUAGUGAUUUCCAAUAAAGCCUCUAUGUUUGCUCGCUUCCA